AUUUCUAAUUUCAUUGUUCUAAUUUCAUUGUUCUUAGUUUUGUCCUCUAAAACUAGUGUCAACUUAAGCAAAUUUGUCAGUGAAGCUGUGGUAGCUAUUUGUGAUGGCAAGCUUAGAACUUCAGAUAUACAAGCUGCUGUGCAGGUCUGCUCGUUGCUUCAUCAGAGAUACAAAGACUUCUCUCCUUGUCUUAUUCAGGGCCUCCUGAAAGUGUUCUUUCCAGGAAAAUGUGGUGAUGAUUUGGAUGCAGAUAAAAACAUGAGGGCAAUAAAGAAGAGGAGCACUCUAAAACUUCUAAUGGAACUUUAUUUUGUUGGAGUUGUUGAGGAUGCCAGCAUUUUCGUAAAUAUUAUUAAGGAUCUUACUAGCUUGGAACAUUUAAAAGAUCGGGAUGCAACUCAGACAAAUUUGUCCCUUCUUACCAGUUUUGCUCGACAAGGCAGAUAUUUCUUAGGGCUCCAGCUCCAUCAGCCUGGACAAGAAGUUCAUGAUGAGGAACUACCUAGAAUUUGCUAAGUUUUAUGCUACUGCUUUUGUAAGUUGACUUAGUAUGGAUGAUGGUUAGGUCUUGUUCUGCCAAAUUGGUGGACCUAUUAAUGGGAAUUUUGAAAUUGUUUGCAUA